AUGAUUCGACUUCAAGAUAUAAAGAUGAAAAUUGUUUCCACCAACAAGGCAGAUAUGAAUUUCAAGAUGAAUUUCAUAGCUUUGUUGAUCAACUCGCUGAUAGAAUCAAGCUCUUUAGGAAAAGCAAACACCAACCCAUUGAACUACAUAACAAGCAAGACGAAAAUAGAAAACAUCGACUGGUGUUCUUAUCUGAUAGACUGUUUGGUUAAAACAAACAGUCUUUUGAUCCAUCAAAUCCAACAAGCAGUUUUAAUGGACCAUCUGCUUAUUUGUUUAAUCAAAUCUGAUGUACUUAACAUUGAAAGAACACGUCUAGUGAUCUGCCAUUGGACUUCAGAGAAAAUAAAGAUGAGAGAAACUUUUGAAAAGGAUGAGCUUGGUGAUUUUGGAACAGGGGAUUUCAAUGAUGAGUAUGUUGAUGAAGAAUUGAAUGAGGAGGCUUAUGAGCAUGUGGUUAUGAAUAAGUAUAAGAAGUUACAUAUGAUGAUUGAAGAUGGUAUAAAUAAAUUCCUAGAAAAUAUAACCCUUAAUCAUUUGAAAAUUAGCUUUGAUGCAAUUUUUAAAGAUAAGAGUGACAAUAGUGAUGGUGAUGAUGACAAUGGAGAUGAUAAUGAUCAAUCAAAGAAAAAGAAUGUAGGAGGGGAAAAUAUUGAAAGAGUUACGGGACAAGAAAAUGAGAAUCUUGAAGGAGGAGAGGAACAUAAACGAAAAAAUAAAGAUGAGGGAGGUGAAGAUAUUAAAAUAACAGAUGGUGAGAAAUAUGAAAAUGAUAAUAAUGAUCAAGGUUUGGAUGACAUGAAUUUGAAUGAUGAAGGUGUUAAAAAUGAAAAAGGUGGUAAUAAUAAAGAAGAACAAAAUGCUGAAACAGAAGCUGUGGAGGGGAUGAAUAUAGAAAGGAAGAAUGAUAAGAAAGUAGAAGGAAUAACUGGUGAACAAACACAAAGAGAUGGAGAAGAUGGUGAGAAAGAUGAAAAUAAUAAUAAUGAUCAAGGUUUGGAUGACAUGAAUUUGAAUGAUGAAGGUGUUGAAAAUGAAAAAGGUGCUGUGGAGGGGAUGAAUAUAGAAAUGAAGAAUGAUAAGAAAGUAGAAGGAAUAACUGGUGAACAACCACAAAGAGAUGGAGAAGAUGGUGAGAAAGAUGAAAAUGAUAAUAAUGAUCAAGGUUUGGAUGACAUUAAUUUGAAUGAUGAAGGUGUUGAAAAUGAAAAAGAUGGUAAUAAUAAAGAAGAACAAAAUGCUGAAGGAGAAGCUAUGGAGGGGAUGAAUAUAGAAAGGAAGAAUGAUAAGAAAAUAGAAGCAAUAACUGGUGAACAACCACAAAGAGAUGGAGAAGUAUUGAAAGGAACAAAUGUUAUUCGAGGAGAAGUUGAUUAA